AUGACUCAAAUCAUACCCGCAUUAACACAAAACUCGAAACUUUUAGUCAUCAACUUGUUGCAUUUAGCACUGACCCUAGCACCAACAGUUCAUGUGAACGAUUUAAGUUUGCCUUUUGGUAAUUGUCAAUGUUUUUUCAGACCUAUGGUUGAUUUGAUUGCGCUAUCGCCUUGUUGUGCUACUUGGGUUGAAACAUUUAAUCUUUGA